GGAUUUCAAUUUCAAUUUCAGUUGCGAGUUGCGUUGCGUUCUGUGCGGUUUGUUGGUCGUUCGUGUCGUCACAUUGCGUAUACGACGCGUGUAGCCUUUUGCCAGAUGAAGUUUGAGUGUAACCGGAAAACUGAAUACAUUUUAUAGAUAUAUAAAUAAUAUCUUAAUGUCGUUGCGAUUUUGUUAAUCAUUUUGUCUGUCGCUCAAAUUUACAUUGUCUUCGUUUUUGGUUGACUUUGAUAAGUCCACGGCGUGAUUUGGUUCUGGUCACUCGCAGAGUUAGCUGUUGCAGUUCAGAAUAAAUAGUUGAACAAAAUGGAUGCAGUAAAGGAAAUGGAGCAAAGUAAUAAAUUUAUAGUCAAGUAUCGUCAGCAGUACUACGAUCUGUCCAAGUUUAUGCACAAGCAUCCGGGAGGCAUUACAACUCUCAAGGGACUCAAUGAGACAGAUAUGACAGCCCGCUUCAUGAAGGCACCGCCACAUUCCGAUGCAGCAAUGUAUUUGAUGAGGGAAUACAAGGUUGCCCCAUCGGAAUAUGAAAACCAUAAAAAGACGAGGGAGCAACGUCCGCCCAAAACAACGGAGAAUGGUGUUGAAUUGCUUCAACAUCCAAAAGUGGCAGAAGACAGUAACAACAAUCACACAGAUGAAAGCAUGGAGCACCUUGUGGACUGGUCAAAAGCAAUGUUGCCCCAAAUUGCCAACAUAACAAAAUACUACGACGAAUGGGUGCAUAAACCAGUGGAUAGGCCGCUGCGCUUGUUUGGACCUUGGUAUUUGGAAAUGUGCACAAAGACACCAUGGUGGGUUGUACCCUUGUUUUGGAUACCCGUUAUCGUUGGAUUCAUGUUGCCGGAGUUUCAAGCAAAGGCGCAUAACAUAAAUGAUAUCGCAUUACUUUCCGGUCACAUACUGUUUGGCGUGCUCUUUUGGACUCUGCUGGAAUACGUACUGCAUCGUUGGGUAUUCCACGUAAAGCUGACAAGCAACAGUCCACCUUGGCUGUGCACAUUUCACUUUAUGAUACACGGCUUACACCACAAGGUUCCCUUUGAUCCAAUGCGUCUUGUUUUCCCUCCAUUGCCAGGAGUUGUUAUUGCUGUCGUUAUUUAUACGCCGCUCAGUUUAAUUUUGCAAAAUAACCACCCACGUUUGGUUCUUUCGGGUGCUUUAUUAGGCUAUUUAUGUUAUGAUAUGAUACAUUAUUAUUUGCAUUAUGGCAAUCCAUCGGCAAAUCAUCAUCUGUACCACAUGAAGCGCUAUCAUUAUCAGCAUCACUUUGCGCAUCAAGAUCUCGGGUAUGGCAUUAGUAGUCCCCUGUGGGAUAUUAUCUUUAAGACGCGUAUACAUUUACGCAAGUUAAGAUUCCAGCUUCGGUGGUCUUAAUACUUUUGCGACAUUUUGCUAAAUAAGAACAAAUUCCUAAUUUAAGACUUAAUUAUAAGAUGACAUUGUUUUAAAUAUGUAUUUUUGUGAAAGAAACGUAACAAAUGGUGAUACAAACAGAAACAUACUUACAUAUGUACGAGUAAAUAAAUUAAUGUUUUAUAAGCAUGUUUA